UCAUGCAGGAACCAGAGCCCAUAGACUGGGAAUUUUACAGAAAGGGGAUUGGAUCUAAAUUGGUUGAUAUGUACAAAGAGGCAUAUGAGAGCGUUGAGAUUCCAAAAUACGUUGAUACGGUUACUCCAGAGUACAAGCCGAAAUUUGAUGCUUUGUUGGUGGAGCUCAAAGACACUGAGCAACAAUCACUCCAAGAGUCUGAAAGACUGGAGAAGGAAAUUGCUGAAGUUCAAGAGCUGAAGAAGAAACUCAGUACCAUGACAGCAGACGAGUACUUUGAGAAGCACCCAGAACUCAGGAAGAAGUUUGAUGAUGAAAUCCGCAACGACUACUGGGGAUACUAGAAUUGAUUGGAGACUCGGCUUCUGCUUAAGCUUUUUGACUUCAUCCGUAGGAAUAAAAAGAAAAACAAAUCGGCUUAUUAUUACUUGGGCAUUUGAAGAAUGUCUACUGAAGAUGUAUUUUGUACUCCAAAAAGUGGGGUUCUCCAACUUUAGAUAAUGCAUCUUUCGUGCGAUUGCUUUCUGGUUUUUACA